CUUGGCCCCUGGCUCUUUGCGCUCAGCCCCGACCGCAGGAACGGGCAGACACCCUGUUCUGUGCUUGGACCCCGGCUGGGCGCUGCUGCUGUUGUGGGUGUGAAGGCCCGGCAAGUUCUCAGCCGGAUCUGGGCCACGCCGGAGGCCUAAUAAGUAAUUUCUGUGGUGUUGGAGCCUCGGGCCGGCAUUUGCGCUAAGCCAGACCUUGCGCUAAGCUAGCGCUUUGUCUGCCCUCCCUCUCUGAGCCUCACACCGGCCCAUUCUGCUGAUGAAGGCCCGGAGGCUCAGGGAGGUUCCCGUUUGUCCUGCGGGUCCCGUAGAUGGCCGACCCCCUCGGUUGGCCGCGUGGUAGCAGCGUGCCUCUGGAGUUCUUCCCGGGGCCUGUUCUAGCUGCCGUUCUCCUGCUCCAGCUUUUAGACCAAGGCUUUUUGGAGCAGCAGGGUGAGACGUGGACCAGAAGGGUGUUGAAUUUUGAGGCUGCCGUUUCCUGAUCUUUCUGGUCCCCACCCGGAAGGAGCCAACUGCCUGCCCCCGGGGCAGGAUCAGGAGGGACCACACAUGCAAAAGGCAUGCGCUCCGGUGCCCAGUAACCUGUGGCCUCCGCGGUCACCCGACUAGCUAGGAGCUGUCGCCUUUCUUGGAACCUGACCCUGGAUCAGCUGGAUCAGCAUCCCCAAGGGAGAUUCUGGAUUUCUGGGCCCGCCCAGGCCUAGUGACACAGAACUCUACCUUUGGGACUGGGGCGCCUGCGUUUUCAGAGGGCUUCCCCCUGGGGUUCAGGCGCGUACCUGCAUUUGGCAUUCCUUGCCUCAGAGGUUCGGGACCACCCUGAACCCUCAGGAGAUAAGAGACGGUGGUGGUGCCUCUGUUUGGCUAGCUCUUUCUCAGGAGGGUGACCCUGUAUUUUGUUGUCGAAACUAGGGCACUUUUGAGCAUCAGAAGGGAGUACCGUUAACAGCCGUGCCGGCACAUGAGGAGUCAGCCGGUGCUUUGCUGGUGAAUGGGGUGGGUGUCCCUGUUGAUCCGUUUCUCCUUUCAUCUUUCUGAUGACCUGGGAGAUGCCAGCCCCUUCCAUUGCAGACAGGGAAACUAAGACCUGGACAGGGCCGCUUCCGACCACACGGGCGUAACCUUGGUCCUUGAUUGCAAAGCACCUCCUUGGAUUAACCAUCACUGUCGGCUCGCGCUAGCUGAGCACAGUACCCGGGAGGAUUGGGGGCUUCCAGGUCUCGCUAUCUUUCGAACCUGGGAUCUUUUGAAAACUAACAUCACUUUCGUAAUGAGAAAAAUCUACAUCGAAGCUAUAAAAUGUGCUUCUGGGGGCGCCUGGGUGGCUCAGUCGGUUAAGCGUCCGACUUCAGCUCAGGUCACGAUCUCGCGGUCUGUGAGUUCGAGCCCUGCGUCGGGCUCUGUGCUGACCGCUCAGAGCCUGGAGCCUGUUUCGGAUUCUGUGUCUCCCUCUCUCUGCCCCUCCCCCGUUCAUGCUCUGUCUCUCUCUGUCUCAAAAAUAAAUAAACGUUAAAAAAAAAAUUAAAAAAAAAAUGUGCUUCUGGAAAAGAUAGCAGGGGAAUCCUGUGAGCAGAAAGGAAGAGUGUGCUGGGGGUGUCUGUGCUGCCUUCUCCAGGUCCCCGGGGCUCCCUCUCGGGGCUUGGCUGUGACCCCUCUGUCACACAGACAAUCGAUGUCCCUCUGGGCAGAGUGACAGAGGGGGAGGGUUGCUAAAACCAGCUCUCCCGUCCAAGCAGAUGUUCUUUGUGGGUCGGUCAGCGUCCUUUGCCUUCCCAUUGCCCUAGGGGCCAAUUUGAUUAUUUUUUGUGGUCGUUCUUCUCCAAGGAGACCUGCAUGUGACGGUCCGUUUCUGUGGCACGUGGAGGGGACUGCAGUUGCAGAGAAUACUUGAGGGAAGCCCAAGGUUGUCAGUGCGCUAGAUAAAACUAGCUGCGAUGCCCUUGAGCCUGUGAUGCUGAGGCCGCAGAGCCCCUGUGUGUGAAGGUUUAGGUGUAUUUCUGGUUCAGACAGAAAUAGACACUUAGCGGAGGUCAUGCUGGCAUCGGGGCUCACGGGCGGCCUGGGGCCAACGUAGUCUCUGUCCCUGGCCGCCUGUCCUGCCCUGUCCCGUGUGUACCUUGGGUAGUUUCAUCCCGCACCCUAAGGAAUCCCAGUUUUGCCUCUGGCUGCCCAGUGCUUUCACAUACCUGUUGCUCAUGGUUUGGGAGAAGGAGUGGCUUCCUGGUGUCCCCGGGGACAGGGGAUGGCAGGGUGGCCGGAAUGAGCUGGAAGCAUCGUCGGAAAACCGUGGCGUGUCUCUCGCUUCGCUCUGUGUUCACAGGGAGGAUGGAGACACUAAAAGGCAAGACCUUGGAGGAGCUGGAGGAAAUGCAGAACGACCCGGAGGCCAUUGACCGGCUGGCCCUGGAGUCCCCUGAGGUCCAGGACCUGCAGCUGGAACGAGAGAUGGCUCUGGCCACCAACCGCAGCCUGGCUGAGCGGAACCUGGAGUUUCAAGGUCCCCUGGAGAUCAGCCGCUCAAACCUCUCGGACAAGUACCAGGAGCUGCGGAAGCUCGUGGAGCGGUGCCAGGAGCAGAAGGCGAAGCUGGAGAAGUUUGCUUCAGCACUGAAGCCAGAGACCUUGUUAGACCUUCUGCAGAUCGAAGGCAUGAAGAUUGAAGAAGAGUCUGAGGCCAUGGCCGAGAAGUUCCUGGAGGGCGAGGUGCCCUUGGAAACGUUUCUGGAGAACUUCUCCUCCAUGAGGAUGCUGUCUCACCUGCGCAGGGUGCGCGUGGAGAAGCUUCAGGAUGUGAUGAGGAAGCCCAGAGUUUCCCAGGAGCCGGCUGGUGACGCCCCUCCUCCGCGCCCCCCGCCCCCGCCUCGCCCGGCCCCCCCGGCAACACCCCCUGUGGCCGAAGAGCCGCCCCCGCCACCGGCGGCCGUGCCUCCCUACCCUUUGCCCUACAGCCCGUCUCCUGGCAUGCCCGUGGGCCCCACCGCCCAAGGCGCGCUCCAGCCGGCCCCCUUCCCCGUGGUGUCCCAGCCCUCCUUUUCCUACAGUGGGCCUCUGGGCCCCCCUUACCCGUCAGCCCAGCCGGGACCCCGGGCUGCCGCGGGCUACCCCUGGUCCCCACAAAGGAGCACGCCCCCCCGGCCAGGCUAUCCCGCGGCCCCCACUGGUGCCUCUGGCCCCGGAUACCCCUUGGCGGGGAGCCGGGCCCCCAGCCCUGGCUAUCCUCAACAGGCCCCUUACCUCUCGACUGGAGGAAAACCUCCUUACCCAACACAGCCCCAGCUCCCCAUCUUCCCAGGCCAGCCCCAGCCCUCAGGCGUCCCCCAGCCGCCCUACCCUCCCAGGCCUGCCCCUCCCUAUGGGUUUCCGGCACCUCAGGGGCCCUCCUGGCCCGGGUAUUAGACACAGUCCCGGCCCUCGGCCCUUCCCUACUUCUCCUUGUACCGCAACCUUUGGCCCGCCCACCACUGAGAUUCGAGGUUAAAUUGCAGGUGGACUUGGGUCCUCCUUGUGGACUUGUGUCAGCACGUGGGAGCCGAGGGGGGACCUGGUCGGGAGCGUGCAGGCCUGGAAAGGCGCCGGCAGCGUGACUGGCUUGGCCGCACCAGACGGCCACGGCACUCAGUGGCCUCCUGGGGGAGGGGAGCGCCUCCUUUCAGUGACUGGCUUCAGCUUUUCUGGUGCUAGCCAGGCGGGGAGCUCGGUGCCUCCUCCGUGGGUGUCCGUGUGAGUGGGCAGGUGCGUGUGCUCGGGGGCACGCACUUGUGCUUGCACUCACGGACACCGGAACCCAAUGCAAUUAUCUUCGUGAUGAGGGGGUCUCCGGCCCCCGCUCACCCCCUCCCUCUCUCCUGGGAUCUGGCACAUUCAACCUGGUGCCCACAGCAAGGGAUGCGACUCUGCGUCCGUCUGGUCCAUUCAAGGAUGGCCUGGAGCUAGAGUGGGAUCGGGAGAGGGAACAGUAAGGAGAAACACUGAUUUUUAAAUCACAUAAAGCCAUAAUUGAACUCCGAUAGGUUGAUGUCAGAUAAGCUUGUCCCGUGUGCUGGUUUGAACGACGGCAGCAGAGCCAGAGCAGCGAGAAAGCAGGGGGCUGUGAAGGUGGACCCCAGAAUCUGAGGCAGAAUCUGGAGGGGAGGGGCCAGCUCCGGCCCAGGAGAUGGUGUCGCACCGGACUCCUUUAGGAAUGGAGCGGCCGCCCUCUCUUCUCUGGGGCCCUCCACUUCCGGUUGACUGCUGAGGCCCACCCCAUCCAUCCGCUCCUUUAGUGCCUUGAAUCUCAUCCGCAGCAGCCCCCUCCCUCCGUCUGCUGCCUCUGGCUCCCUCGUGUAACUCCCCACCCCGGCACCCCUCCUGAGACACACGUUAAAGGAUGCCCUAACAGCGACUUCCCAAGUGGUGCUUCCUCAGACACCGUGACUGCCACCGUGUCAGAGUCCGCUCCUCUGCUUCCCUCUUGUCGUCAGAAUGUAAAGGGCAGGGAUUGGGACUCGCGCCGCCUGCAGCCCCCCC